AUACCCAUUAUUUGCACGACAAAACAUUCCUGCGUUUGACGCUGUAGUUUCGUAAAAAAAUAUUUUCGUUCUUUGAGAACAAAAGAAUUAGAAUAAAACGUGUUAUAUUCUUGGUUUAAAACAUUGUUACGAGUGGACAGUUGAAUAUUGCGCGUCGUCGUAGUUGUCGCGUAUGGCCGCGUGAGAAUGUCCUCGACAAGGUUAUCGAGUGCCUGGGAGGACAACAAGUCCCGCUCGGAGACGGUUCUCUAUCCGGACAGGCACUCCAGCUCGCCGCCUAAAAAUCGUUACUCUGGUGUAAUGUCCCGAAAUGGGAGCCGAGAUGAGAGUAAACUGCACAAAAGUUUGGAGGAAAUCUCCAAGGACAUCAAAGAGCUAGAAGACUUCAUAUCGGUAACGGAGGAAAUUUUGAAACGCGAACGUGAGUUCGAUGAACAACUUUACAAAAGAGAACGCCAACGUAAGGCUUUCGAAAAGAAGAUGCAACAAAUCAAGAACAAGUGCAGUCCAACGAAAAUUUGUUUCGGAAAAACCGAUAGCGCCAAAGUCAAAUCGCCGACCUUUAAAGUGAACAUCACGCAGAAGAGGCGCAUAAAGUCAUUCAGUCCAAAAAGUUACAAGUCUAAGCUGUAUUUUCGGAAUGGGAAAAUUGGCUGCCUGGAAGCCGAAGAAGCGGUGUCCAAUCUUAAAAGCACCCAUGAAAUCGUCAAACGAAUCAUCAAUGAUGAGAACAACAUGCUAGUCAAGUUGGAACAUCAGCAUUUCACUAUGGGUUCCAAGGCAGAAUCGCCCACCUCGAUCGGGACUCCUCUGGAAAGUCUGCAGAUGUGUGUAACAGAAUCGGCCUCGUCUCUGUGCGAUGAGCCGUACAAGGAGACGAUAAAUGACGAACCUGAGGAUAAUGUAUCUGAAACGAAAGGAGAUCCCAGUGAAAGCAGUGAGCGGGUGAUCGAAGAUAUGGAAGUCACGAGUCCUCCACCGGAAACUAAUGAUUAUGUAACUGGAAGGCUGAGGCACCUCGCAAAUCGAUUCUCCGAGCGAACGAAGCGCAUGAGAAGUAAAUUGGAAAUUCCACCUACUCCUUCCAGUAGCGCCAGCGCUCCGUCGACUGCCCCUUCCACCCAGAAGCAUAAUGCGGAAUUACGAGCCAUUCAGAAUUCCGCCCUCACCUUGCAAUCGGCAACGGGUGCACAAACGUGCGACCAUCACUAUUUCUGUCCCAUCUUCUGCUCCGGAGCAACGAAUGCUGUUCUGGAUCCGCAGGGCAAGUUUUACAUUUCAUGGCUGUUCAUCGUGUCGCUGUCGUUCCUGUACAAUGCUUGGGUUAUUCCCCUGCGAUCAUCGUUCCCGUAUCAGACGCCAGAAAAUACCAAAUAUUGGAUCGCUGUCGACAUUUGCGCUGAUGUUAUCUAUCUAAUUGAUAUUCUGUUUGUUAAGCACAGAAUCAUGUACUUGUUUGAAGGCUUCUGGGUCAAGGAUACGGACUUGACUCGAAAGAACUACAUGAGGAAGCUGCAAUUUAAGAUGGACCUUUUGGCUCUUAUGCCACUCGAUCUUCUCUAUUUGAAAUUUGGUACCGAGCACGUGGUGUUUCGCGCUCCUCGCCUUCUGAAGAUUCAAAGUUUCUGGGAGUUUUUCAAAUUGAUCGAUCGAGUUAUAUCGUCACCGCAUAUGAUACGAGUGGUCAAGACGCUCACCUAUAUGCUGUACAUGAUUCACCUAACUGCAUGUUCGUACUAUGCAUACAGUGCCUAUCAAGGACUCGGUUCAAACCGAUGGGUGUUCAACAACAAGGGCCAUGCGUACGUGCGAUGCUUUGCCUUCGCCACCAAAACGGCAACCUCGAUCGGGAAGAAUCCAAAACCGGAAAAGGAAGGCGAAUUACUCUUCAUGACGGCAGCCUGGUUGAUGGGAGUAUUUGUGUUCGCAUUGCUCAUCGGUCAAAUCAGGGACAUCAUCGCCACGGCUACAAGGUCGAAAUCGGAGUACAAACAACUGGUGGAUGAAACUUUGGAGUACAUGCGACAGUUGAAUCUGCCGACGGAUUUGCAACGAAGGGUUAAAAUGUGGUUCACUUUUACAUGGGAGCAGCAACGCAGCUUGGACGAAACGCACAUAAUGGAUGCCUUGCCGGCCAAUUUGAAGACCGAUAUUGCGAUAUCCGUGCACAUUCAAACCCUAUCUAAGGUGCAGCUGUUUGCCGAUUGUGAGGAGGCAUUGCUUCGGGAGUUGGUGUUGAAGUUGAGAUCGGUUACUUUUCUUCCUGGGGAUUAUGUUUGCCGUAAGGGAGAAGUUGGAAAAGAGAUGUACAUCGUGAAGACUGGUCAGGUAUUGGUUAUGGGAGGUCCCAGGAAUGAUGUAGUAUUGGCUACGUUGUAUGAGGGAUCGGUAUUUGGAGAGAUCAGUUUGUUGGCGAUCAACGGAGCGGAAGGAAAUCGGCGAACGGCUGAUGUGCGAUCGAAGGGAUUUUCAAAUCUGUUUGUUUUAUCAAAAUCUGACCUGAAUGAAGCGAUUGUGUACUAUCCAAACGCACAAGCCAUUCUAAAGAAGCGUGCCAAGAGUUUGAUGCGUAAGAACGCAGCUCGCGAGAAAGCUGAAUCUCAACAGAGCAUCGAUGCUAAUGACGCGGAUACGGAUGUAGUGAUCAGCAAUCCUGACCAUAACAAAUCGCCAAAGCUGUUGAAAACAGUUAUACAAGCUCUACCAAGAGAGUCCGCAGCAGUUCAGCUGCUGACUCAGGGUUUCAAGGGUGACCAUGUUAAGAUGGAUACCGAAGAGCCGUUCAAAGCAAACAACGAUGACACUGCAUCGAUUCGCAGUGUAGAAUUGCACACCACACAAGUGCAGAUCGAGAACGAGAAAAAUGUAGAACUGCCAUGUGAUCUGGUGUACAGCAUCAAGAAAGAACUGAUGGAUAACAACAGCUACAUUAACCUGACCGACGCAGAAAAGUAUAAGUUGUUGAACGAACUAUCCAAAGAUGAAUAUGAACAUCAUAAAUCCCCAGUUUAAGCUAGUUGUAGUCACCUACAGUUGACUCGCCACAACUCGAUAUUCGAGAAAUUCUCGAUGGGAGGAAUAAGGAGCUGUCAAGAUAUUGAACAAGAUAUCGAGAUGUUGAGAUUCAGCUGUAUUUUCUAUCCCUUCCACGUCAUGUACUUUAUUGACUGUUAAUUGAUGUGAGUCACUUCUGACAAUUACUACACGAGAUCAUAUUUCUAUGCAGAUAAUCGCAGCAAUAAGUGUGAACGAUCCUGUUAUAUGCUAUUGCUAUUGGUUGUCUGUUUGAUUUGAAAUAUGAUUACUUGAGUCUUGAAUGGUGCAUUAUUAGCAUUUAAACGGAAUGGCCUCAAACAAAACCGGACUAAAAGUCAAUGAUUGAUGUGUGUAAUGAUUCAUUAUACCAUGUAUUGAAUUGGUAAUAAAUUAUUCUUAUUAUAUGUGUAAUACUGAAA